AAUAUAUGUACAUAUAUGCUCCAUCGCACCUAUCAUCAACUGUGCAUGCAGGGCAAUGCUCCAUGCACUACUUACUUCCUGCUCUCUCAAGUCAAACCCACUGAUUUAGCAGCUUGAUUAGGCUGGCUGAAAGAGCCUAAUUAAAAGGCAACGCCUUAAUCGAUUAGAAAUGGGGAGAGCACCUUGCUGCGAGAAAGUUGGUUUGAAGAGGGGCAGAUGGACGGCCGAAGAAGACGAGAUCUUGACGAACUACAUUCGGGCUCACGGGGAAGGCGCUUGGAGGUCAAUGCCCAAGAAUGCAGGGUUGCUUAGGUGCGGCAAGAGCUGCAGGCUAAGGUGGAUUAACUACCUGAGAUCUGACCUGAAGAGGGGCAAUAUAUCAAACGAAGAGGAAGAGAUCAUCGUCCAAUUGCAGGCCAGUUUGGGGAAUAGGUGGUCUCUGAUAGCGAGCCAUUUGCCCGGCAGAACUGAUAACGAAAUCAAGAACCACUGGAACUCCCACUUGAGUAGAAAAAUCCACAGCUUCACGAGAUCAGGGCCCGUCAAGGAAACUUUGUUGCCGGCUCCGGCCACGGACCUUGCCUCCGGCGCCGAUGCUACCAAGCGGCGAAGAGGCGGCCGAACCAGCCGGUCCGCCAUGAAGAAGAACAAAACCUACUACAUUCCCUCAAACUCAAGGCGUCCAAUAUAUUUGCCCCAAAAAUGCCCAGCCGUGGCGGCGCCGGCACCGCCGCUGUCGACGCGAAGACGGGAGAUAGAGGCUUUGUCUAGUAGCACCGUUUCAUCAUGGCAAGACGAAAGCAGUAUAGCCGACGUGGUUUUGAAUCUGGAAGCUUGCGAAAUUUUGGAAGGAAAUUUGGGCGCGUCCUGCAGUUCCUGUCCUUAUCCUGAGGACGAUAAUGGAAUAUCAAUGGGUACAUCAGACUUGGGCUUGGCUGAUCCCUUGCAUCGCCAUGCUAGUAGCUUUGUGGAUGAUGAGAAAGUGGCUGGGGAAAACAGCACUGACGAACUGUGCGGCCUGAAUGAGCCAGCGAAUGAUCCAAACGCAGUAAUGAGUAUUGGCAACGAUGCUGUUGUCGUCAUUAGUGAGGAGAGAGAAGGUGGGGACUCAACGACGACGACUACUGUUCAAAAUGAGUAUUGGGGCUGCUGGGAUUGGGAGACUCAUCAAGCUGAUCAUCAUCAUCAGAGUCACGAUCUGAUCAUAUGGGGUACUGAAGAAGAUGACGGUGACAUGUUGAGUAAUUGGCUGCUGGGAACAGGUAACGGGGAAGAAGCAAAUUGGCACAGCAUGGAGCUGGAACCGCCUGCACCGGAUCAUAUCCUCCACUGUGACGACCAGGAAGCCAUUGUUGCCUGGCUUCUUUCUUAAUUAUUUUCGUUUUUCUGUUAGGAAAUGUCAUUCGACUCUUGUUAAAAGUGAGAUUUAGUUUCAAAUCCUUAUAUUAAUAUUAAUAUAUUAUAACAUGAGUUGUACUAUUUGUACGGAACCACUUUUACAAAUUAAUUUAU